AUGGCGCCUGACGCGGUGUUUUCUAGUGUGUCCGACAAGAACGAAUUCACGAAAUUCGCCAAGUUUCUAGCUUAUAAGGGAGUGCAGGUUAUAGUGGAGUCUCGAAAGGGGCAGAAGAUCGAAGCGAACAGCAAACCUCAAAGCGCAGAUUCGGACUGGUUCAACCUCCAAAUACCGGAUUCUCCAGAGGUGAACCAGGCGACCAAGAAUGCUUUGCCGUCAGACAAGAUAUUGGAGACGUUCAAGUCAGAAUUGCACGUGGAAAUCAGCGUGCAGACUGAAGAUGGAGACGAAAUGGUGCUAGAGCUGUGGACUUUCGGUCUUGACGAGACCCAGUUUGAUCCCACACUGAAAGCCAUGAAUACGGUGUAUUUCCGAAUGGGGAUCCUGCUGAAAUCCUUAAUAGCUAUUACAAGGAUCACACCAGCCUACCAUCUGUCAAGGCAGCAGAGAACAGAGUCAUUCACAAUAUUCUACAGAGUCUACAGCGGUGAACCUAAGAAUAAGUUGCUUGGGGAUUCAGUGAAAAGGGUACAAGUGGGAAUUCUAAGGACCCCAAGAGGCGGUAUCAAGUUUUCCGUCGCAUACAGAACUGACUUGUCCAUAUCUCCAAACAGAUCGCACAAAAACGACUCGUUGCUGCUAAAAAGCGACCAUUUCGAGUUGAGUCCUAAGCACAUAAUCUUCGAUUCGAAGAGGAAACGGGAAGUUAAGGAGAAAUCUCCUAUAGACUUGAACAAGCCGUUGAGGCUAGCGGCUUUUGUGGACGAAGAGUUGAUUCAGAAGGUUUUCGAUGAGUUUUUCGAGAAGUUUCCGAUACCGAAAUGCAAGACGCACUACCCGCCUAAGAUAGAAAAGCCGAUAGAGAGCAAGAGCACGCAAGAACUCGACAUAAGCGUGUUGUCGAAAAGCCCAACUUCCUUCGAAAUGCCUCCGAAGAAAUUCGCUGGAUUCCGAAGCGAAAAUGAACCACCACUAAAGCUGUUAUACUUCCCUUUUGCAGACAGACACCCUUUGAGGGAACUCGCAGAGUUUUACAAAGACCUAUUCAACGCACCACAUUUAAAGUUAGUUGAGGACUUAGAGCGGUCCAAGUCGAAAAGUCCAAGCGGUGAUGGUAUAGAAGUAGACAUGGUGACGUCCAGUGAAGAUUUGACGAAAGACUUGGUGAUGUAUGAGAAUUCCGUUCAGGAGUUUGAUGACUUGUUGGCUGAUAUGUGUAGGUCUGCCGAGUGGAGCGGUGGCAGUUAAAUUGGGCACAAUUUCUGAACUGAUUGUGUGGAGUUUUGGAUUUGUCUAUGCUUGGUAUUGGUUUCUUAUUUAUUUGUUUGUGUAUCUUUUGAUAUGUUACGUUAGUGUUUUGUUUAUAACGUUUAAUCGUGGAGUUUUAACGAUGUAGUAAUGUAAAAGUAAAUACAAUUUUAUGAGGCAAAUUGAAUUAAAUUCUACACAAUCAGUUCUAUAAAGUUAAGGUAUGGGUAUAGACUGAAUUUGUAAAGGCUAAUAAUGGAAAAACAUGGAAUGAAUUUGCUAUAACUGUGUCUAAUGUAAAUAGUUUUCUAUUAUAUUACGAGUAUAAUGAAAUGAUACAUACAAGUAUGUUUAUCAAUGAUCAAUAUUCUCUAUUGAGCUAUACAAUGAUACGAAUGUUAUGAAUUAGUCAUAUCGUAGGCCAAAUUAUAUUGUUAAAUGGAUUGUUGCUUUAUGCAUAGCUUUUUCAUAUUAAAGUUCUGUAGAUUG